GGCAGUAAAGUCCCUUAGAGAUGGCAGUGGUUGUGGGUGCCAUCUCUUGGUUGCCCUCGUCAGUUUUAUGCGCUACCGCUGCUUAUGUAGCGUAUCUGUGUAAAGGCUACAGUUUCCCUUCUUUACAUUCACGGAGGAAGGAAAGGUUGGUUAUUUAUUCUACGGUGAAGCCAAGAUGGCAGCGGCCGUGGGAUGCCAAAGUACGUACAGUGUACUAGAGUAGUACGUGUACAGCGGCUACAUGUGAGCUGACCAGCAGUGAUAGAGACGCAUCUCGUGCACUGUCACCGUCACCUUGUGCAGGCUUUCCGCCUCAGUCGCCCUUUUUAUUCUAAACUGUCAACGUGCCGUACCUACGUUUAUGGUUUACACUUCAAAAUCGACGUGCCGUACGGAGAACUUCGUCUCGCAGACUCACCAUGCCUGCCUUUUGCUUAGCGCACGGCUGUACGAGCACCGGCGGCCGAGAUGAUGUCAUUGGACGGUUGCUUUCUGGAGAUGACAGCAUUGGGCCAAGACCCAGUCACUCUAGUGAAAUAGGUUAUGAUGACAUCGCUGCAGAGCCAGUGGACGAGGCAGGACCGAGUCCGGCUUACGAUUCGGCACAAGUUGUUGAAACACCACCACAGAUAAUGUGCGAGCAGCAUCAAGCCACAGAUAAAUCUGUUCAAGUGUGUCUACUAACCCACAACGAAGCAUCACAAGCAAAUGAAAAGAAAAUUCUGUCAACAAGUGCUACACAAACAGAGCCCCAAGCUGUGUCUUCAGGAUCCUUGUACCUUCCGUAUCUGGAACAGUCCUCUUCAUCGGCGCCUGUUCGACGUCAACUGCAUUCAUGCGUACACUGCUCCUAUGUGACCCAGAAUAAGUCACACAUGACCAGACACCUUCGGAGACACAUUGGCGAACGCCCCUUCCAAUCUCACGUGUGCCAAAGUUCAUUUACUCAGGACUCCAAGCUGGUGGCUCACAUGCGCCGUCACACGGGAGAGUGUUCCCUUUCCUGUGUUCACAACAAUGAAUCCUGCUCCUCGCGGAAAGAUGCCGUCGAUGUCCACGUGCGGAUUCACACUGGAGAGCUCCCGUUUUCCUGUGUCCACUGCGAUGCAUCCUUCGCGCAGGAAGAGAGCCUUGUGCGACACACUCGCAUGCACCACAAAGAAGAGCGUUCGUUUUCCUGCAUCCAAUGCAAUGCAUCAUUUGUGAUGGAAUCCGACCUCAUGGCACACAUGCGCCUUCACACAAAAGAACGUCCGUUUUCCUGUGUCCACUGUGGUGCAUCCUAUAAGCAUAAAAAGAGCCUAUUGAAACACGUCCGCUUCCACACAGGGGAACGUUGCUUUUCCUGUGUGCAAUGCAAUGCAUCGUUCGUGGCUAGAUCCGACCUCGCUCAACACAUGCGCUCUCAUACAAGCGAGCGCCCCUUCUCCUGCGUGGACUGCAAUGCAUCCUUUAAGGAGAAAAAGAAUCUUUUAAGACACGUUCGCAAGCACACAGGAGAGUGUCCUUUCUCCUGUAGUCAAUGCAAUGCAUCCUUCUCGCGGAAAGAGAGUCUCGUGGUGCACAUCCGCACUCACACAGGGGAGCGUCCCUUCUCCUGUGUUCACUGCAACGCGUCCUUUUCUCUGAAGCAGAGCCUCGAGCUGCACAUCCGCACUCACACAGGAGAGCGUCCCUUCUCGUGUGUUCACUGCAAUGUAGCCUUUUCACGAAAGGACAACCUCAUGGUCCACAUUUCCCGCCGUCAUAAAAAAUCACAGCAUAUCCAAGGAGUUAAUGAUGCUAAGUGAGGCGAUGUGCUGGAUGGUUUCAUCGCUAAACCGUGAACCAUCCGCUAAUAUCGCCCACUACCUCAUCGAAGACGUGACGAACACUGUAUAUAUUUAUACAAGAAUUUUAUUACUCGUACGUGGUAGCCAUACGUCACUUCCGUUCCCCUUUCAUUAUAACGGCUUUAUGAUCGGCGAAAUGGUGGAUCGGUGAUGGGGCAUAGUGGAAUGCUUGCAAGGGUGAAGUAGUGGGCAGUUUGCAAAAGUGGAACUAUAGGCGGUCACGUUCAAACAAGGGAUGGGCACAGUGGGGCAAUCUACGGUUCUUUAACGUGCACCUGGAUUACAACUACACGACCAUCUUGCAUUUCAUGUUGGCUACGUCUGAACAAUAUUUGCUUCAUGGCCGGUGAAGUGCUGGAUCGGUGAUGAGGCGUAGUGGGAUGCUUGCAAAGACGAAGUAGGGGGCAAUUGGCAAAGGUGGAAGUAUAAGCAGUCACGUACAUACAUACAAGGGAUGGACCCACACCAUUAGGAGCUUCACCCCUAAAAGCAGAAGCUACAAUUGUAAGUGACCUAUGUGCUUUUCAAGAGGAAGUGUGGCCAAGAGAGCACAGUUUGUUGAAUAGAAGUCAGAGUGAGAGGUUGUUUUAAGGUAGUGUUGUAGGUGUUGCCAAAAAAAAUGUAACUAAAUGCUUUACUCGUUACUACAACAGAUAUGAAUGUGUCACUAUCCUUCGUUACCUCUUACUAAAGGUAACAUGUUACCGUUACAUUUACGGAAAAUAAAAAUAAUAAUAAACUUCUUCGUGGUCAAAAAUCUAA